ACGUUAUGUUUGAUUUUUACUGACAUCCGCUCUUAACAAAUUGUUAUGUUACUAGCACAGAUCUGACAAUGGCUGCUUCUAAUCAUCAGAACAUGCUUCACUUGUGCUUUUAAAAACCUUCUUGACAUAAGAAAUUACAAACAGAAUGCCAGAAUCCCAGCAGCUAUAGCCUUACUCCCAACAUCUAUUUAACACCAACCUGCUCCCAGUCUGGUCUUGUAGCUCAGCUGGUUAGAACAUCAGUAGUACAAACACCAGUUUCCACGUUAAAACCAAGAGUAGGCACAGUGGAUACAACUUCUUGAAGCUUGAGCCGAUAUAAUAUGGUAGUUUUGCCGGCAUUAUCGAGACCAAUCAUGAGUAUUCUGCAAUCCUCUUUGCCCAACAGACGAUCAAAAACCCUUGUAAAAGAAGAUAACACACUUCCCAUUGUUUGUCAACCACUUUAUUCAUCAGUGCUGCCAGUAAUUCACCAUGAUGAAUAUGCCUGUUCUUGGCCAGAAAACCACAGAUUUAAAAUGGCUAAAUUUACAAAAUUGAUGAAAUAUCUUCUGAAAGAAAAUAUAGUACUGCCUAAACAAGUUGUCCAGCCAUUCAAGGCAUCUUAUGACGAUUUGAUUACUACUCAUACACCACAUUAUGUACAAAGCUUUAUUAAUGGAACAAUUGGACAAAAUGAAAUGAGGCAAACAGGCUUUCAGUGGUCAAGGGGAUUGGCCAACAGAUGUCUAGUAGAAGUAGGAGGAACAAUACUUGCUGCAAAGGUUGCAUUGCAUUAUGGCCUAGCUUGUAGUACUGGGGGAGGUACCCAUCAUGCCUUUCCAUCGCAUGGUUCAGGGUUUUGCAUUUUCAAUGAUUUAGCAAUAGCAGCAUCUCAUCUUCUGGAUUAUAAUAUGGUUUCCAAAGUACUCAUAGUGGAUCUUGAUGUUCACCAGGGAGAUGGCACAGCAUUCACUCUUCAAAGUAACCAUGAUAUCUUUACCUUCUCUGUUCAUUGCGAGAAAAAUUUUCCAGUUCAUAAGCAAAGCAGUGAUUUAGAUGUUGGUCUUGAAAGUGGUAUUGAAGACAAAGAGUACAUGGACACUGUAAGAAUUCAUCUAGCUUGGCUGUUAGACCGCUAUAGACCUGAUAUUGUACUAUAUGAUGCUGGAGUAGAUCCUCAUAAAGAUGAUGUGUUGGGAAAGCUAAACCUAACUGAUCAAGGCCUUUUCAAUCGUGACGUGGAAGUGAUGAGAAUGUCAUUGUAUCGUGGUAUACCAUGUGCAACUGUCAUAGGAGGUGGAUAUGAUGAUGAUGUUGAUGUACUAGCAGCAAGACAUGCAAUUAUCUUCAGAGCUGCAACAAAAGUUUGGUCAGAGAACAUCACUUAAACAAGAGGGUUAUUUUUACUUUACAUGAUUGUAGGAUGAAAUAUGGUUGAUAAAAAUAUGUGACUGUAUAAUAUAAUUAAAAUUAUAACAAAAAUUGUG